AUGGAAUGGUUGGAUAAAUUUCAGGAUUGGGGAUAUAAAGUUGGUUUAAGGGUUGUGUCAGAUCAUUCCCCAUUACUUGGGGGGUGUGCUAAUAUACCUAAACCAAAGAAUGUUCCUUUGAGAUUUCAAGAGAUAUGGCUUGAACAUCCAUAUUUUCUAAAAUUAGCUGAAAACAGUUGGGCAAUACAUAUAUCAGGUGAUCCAACUUUUGUUUUUAUUCAUAAACUUAAAAGAUUGAAGCAAUUGUUAAAGGAAUGGAACUGGAGUGUGUUUGGAAAUGUACAAACAAAAAUUAAGGAAGCUGAGGAAAAUGUCAGAACCAAAAUGCUUAUUUCAUAUAGUGAUCCACAUAAUAUUAAUGCUUUAGGUGAAUUGGUGCAGGCACAAAAUGAGUAUAAUUCAAGAGAAGUUCAAUAUAGUACCAUGAUGAGGCAAAAAUCAAGAAUCAAGUGGGUUAAAGAAGGUUCAGCAAAUACUCAAUUUUUUCAUACUAACAUCAAAGUUAGUCAUUCUCAAAAUCUCAUUACUGAAAUGGAAGAUGAAAAUGGAAAUAUAAUAUCUGAUCAAGAGCAAAUUGAAAAUCUUUUAGUCAAUUAUUUUGAGAAGAAAUUUCAUCAUCAAGAAGCCAUAGUAAAUGAUUCUCUACUUGCAGUUAUUCCUAAACUUAUCACAGAAGAUGAUUAA